AUGGAUGAUGCGACCUUGACAUUCGAGGCCUCGGAGGAUGUGCGUGCUGUAGCAUCGUUCAGCAAGAUGGGGCUCAGGGACGACGUGCUCCGAGGUGUGUAUGCAUAUGGCUUCGAGAGGCCAUCGCCUGUGCAGCAGAGAGCGAUUCGUCCAGUGUUACAAGGCCGCGAUGUGAUCGUGCAAUCACAAAGUGGCACAGGGAAGACAUCGGUGUUUUGCCUUGGCGCCUUGCAGACCCUGGAUAUCUCGAGCACGGAGCCGCAGGCUGCGCUUCUGUCACCCACGCGUGAGCUAGCAGAGCAGAGUGCCAAGGUGUGUGCGGCAUUGGGUGAUUAUAUGGGCGUGAAGAUUCACCGAUGCAUGGGUGGCAAGAGCAUCAAGGACAGCAUCAAAGCACUCAAAUCUGGGGUUCACAUCAUCUCUGGGACUCCCGGACGCGUCUUGAGCAUGAUCCAGCAGCGGCAUUUGGAAGUGAAACGCAUGAAGAUGCUGGUGCUAGAUGAAGCCGAUGAGAUGUUCAGCAAGGGCUUCAAGGAGCAGGUGUAUAGCAUUAGGCGGAGCCUGCCGGAGCGACUUCAGACUGUGCUCGUCUCGGCCACGCUGCCUGAGGAGGUGCUCGAGAUGACACAAGACUUCAUGAAGAAGCCCUUCCGCCUGCUGGUGAAGCGUGAGGAUCUCUCACUGCAGGGCAUUCGGCAGUUUUAUGUAUCUGUGGAGAAGGAAGAGUGGAAAUUCGACACGCUUUGUGAUAUUUUCGAUUCCGUGGCAAUCACCCAAGCUGUGAUAUUCUGCAAUAACAAAAAGAAAGUCGAUUGGCUUGCGCAGAAGAUGCGUGGAGCAAACUUCCCCAUCGCCUCGAUUCACGGAGACAUGCCUCAGAAGGAACGUGACAUGGUGAUGGAGGCCUUCCGAGAUGGCCGGACGAGGCAGCUCAUCGCUACGGAUCUGCUGGGUCGUGGUCUGGACGUGCAGCAGGUCACACUGGUCAUCAACUAUGACGUUCCAGCAAGUCGCGAGUUCUACCUGCAUCGUAUCGGUCGCUCCGGUCGCUUUGGGCGCCGCGGUGUCGCUGUGAAUCUCGUGAGGACCGAAGACGAGGUGCUCAUCAAGGAUCUGGAGAAGUUUUAUGCCGUCUCGAUACAGGAGCUGCCCGCGAACUUUGCAAACGUCCUGAAGGGAUGA